AGCGGUUCGCGCCUGUGCAACGCGGGGGUGGCGAGGGACCGAAAAUCGAGGUGAAAGGAAACUCCGCGGAUCCAGCCUAAGGGUCUCUCCUAGGGCUGAUGCGUGUCGGCUGUGCCCCCUCGCGUGUGCGUCCUGCGAGCGCGAAAAAUUGAUAACCGCGCGCGCGUACGCACCCACGCACGCACACACACAUACAAAACACAUAUACAUAUAUAUAUAUAUAUACACGUGCAUAUAUAUAUAUAUACAUAUAUACAUACACGCGUGUAUACGUGCAUGGAUUCGUGACGUAUCGCCAAUAUUUUUAUUGCCUCGGGCGAUUGCCUUUUCCCUCUGCGCGUCGUCGCGACCCUCUCAUCGCCAAUUCGGGAAGAAAGACCAUCCGCGGCGCGCAAAACGGUAACUCGGAUCGCGUUCCUUCAUCGGAAUAAGUGACGGUUUGAUCGCGCGGCUACUUCCUCAAGUGACAUACUUUUGUUUUCGUGAGAGAAGAAUAACUCUCAUCGGUGAGCUGCUGGCUGCGGAAGGAAAACUGUGUGAUUUAUCUUCGAGGAGGAUAGUGUGAUUAUUCUCGAGUGUACGCGACAACCUGCGAGCGCAAGGGAGUUAUGCGAGUGUGACAUGCCAGUGUAUCAUCGUCGGGUGAAGUGACCAUUAAUAGCAGGUGUGAUCAAAGACUCGCGUCGUUUUUGUCGUAUGCGGCAUUAGCUAGCGCGAUCGCGAAGUGCGUAGUGACUGGCCUACGACGAGUGGUCUUGCCGCUGUAUCGCACGAUCAUUAGAGACCAUCCGGAGGAUCGAACCGAUGCGAGGGACAUCAUGUGUCCCCAAUUGCAGCCCUCGUUAGAGGGUUGAAUCGGCGAUUCCGGUGUCGCGCGAUCGGCCGACACGGAUCCGCGGGUGUUGUGCACGACGUGCUCGUCGGCGAUCGUCCGCCCGAGAACAUCCCUGCCGUGACGCGAGGUGAUCUCGCCGAGGACCAACCGUGUACCACAUUCCCGCGCUGCAAGAGGACUUGGAACCUCGCGAAGAUGCGGGACCGGCUCUCGUGGUACAUGGUCUUCCUGAUCCUGCCGACAAUCCUUUUGGCCAGGUCGCUCGAUAAGGAUCGACGCGUACCCUACAACAUACCGUCGGAUUGGAAAGCCCUCUGGUUCAGCAAUCUCGACGAGCUGCAGAGAGUGAACGAUGCGAACGACAACAACACCGUUUCCAACGUCACAGUGCAAUUGGGUGGCACCGCCUUCCUCCACUGCAAAGUUCGCAAUUUGGCGGAGAGGACCGUUUCCGAUGCCGAGAUAUCGUGGAUCCGGCGACGUGAUUUUCACGUCUUAACAAGCUCCAUGUUCACAUACACGAACGACGAGCGAUUUCAAGUUCUGCAUCCCGAAGGCUCGGACGAUUGGACUCUUCAAAUAAAAUACGUCCAGGACAGAGAUAACGGGACAUACGAGUGUCAGGUCUCGAGAAGUACAGGGAUACUGUCACAUUUUGUCAAUCUAAAUAUAGUGAUACCAGAGGCGUUUAUAUUAGGAGGCGAGGAGCAUCACGUCGAUGUAGGCUCUAUCAUAAGCCUCGUAUGCAUAAUAGAGAAGAGCCCGACGCCGCCGCAAUACGUGUUCUGGUAUCACAAUAACCGGAUGAUAAACUACGAUACCACGCGCGGCAGCGUGACCGUACAAACCGAUCCAGGACCAACUCAGAGCCGGUUGACGAUUCGCCAGGCGGUGGAAUCCGACACGGGCAAUUACACGUGCAGCGCCUCCAACACCAAGCCGGCAUCGAUCUUCGUCUUCGUCACCGAAGGUGACAAGAUGGCAGCGAUACAACGUCGCAAGACGUCGGCAGCGAAGAGGAAUCGGGCGGGCGUGCUGUUGCCGGCGUUACUCAUCGUAGCGGGCGUCGUUUUAGCGCGAUAAGCGUUUCACUUCGAAAUGUCCAUAACUAUUACACCAUUACUUCCGUUUGUGAUAGAUAGGAUAUUACUCCCGGGACUAUACAGAGUCCGCCCGCCCUCCUCCUUUUUCACACCUCCCGUAUCCCACCCUCGCCUAUUCUCGCUCUUCCCCAUCCAUCCCCCCGCGGGUCUUCUUCCUCCUCUCCUGCCUAGUUUCCCGUCUUCCAUUCCAUCUUCCUCCUCUACCCCCUCUUUCUUCGCUCGUACCUCUUACAUCCUUUAUUUACCUUAGUCGAGGUUGCCGCCGGCUGGACUACUUAGAUAUGCGAGAUUUUCGUGGAAGAUUGCGCGAUUGCCUGUUCCAAGUCAUUACGCGCGACGCGCAUGCGACUCGAAUUAUGUAAAUACUCGCCGGGUCGAAUACGCCACGACGACGCGGAUUACGUAGGCCAGGCCUGUCCAACUUCCGGGUACACUGCCAAUCGUUCACUCUCACCAGAUUCAGAUUCAGAUCAGACGGAUGGAAAACUCGUUUGGUUAGUACAAACGGAUCGAUCGCGUUAACAAGGUGAGACCAUAUUUUUCAAAAAUCGUGAUAAGGCGACGCAAAAUCAGAAAUCUUUAAUGUAUGUAUGUGUGUGUGAAAAUGAUGCAAGCGUAAACAUUGUUUCGUUUAAAAAUAACAUUUUUACUUUACAAUUGUUAUCGUUACAAGUUACAAUUUUAUUUCUUGUACUUGCAUUUUUCAGGAUAAUAUCAAACGUGAAUAGUUUACAUUAACUAAGGAAAUUUGAUAGAUUUUGGAAAUGUGCUGUUUAAAUGAUUAAGAUCCUCUUUGGAUAAAUCAAGAAUUAUAAGAUUUUGCAAUAAUGUAAAUGACAUAAUUUUAAUUAUAAAGUAAUAUAAUAUUAAAAGGAGCCGAAAUAUUAUCGUAGUAUAAAUAGACCUUUAAAUUCGAUUUUAUAUCACGAUAAAAAUAAUACAGAUUAAAUAGGAAUUUCAAUUAAUAUACAUAUAAUAGCAACUUAAUUCGAUACAUUUAUUUGCGGCGAAUAUCUGGUAUCUCGAGUUAAUUCUAGAAUAUCUAUUUCAGCUCUGUGCAAAUUAUUAAGUUGAUCCUAAUAGCAAUAAUACAAGAAUAGUUAUGAUAUUUAAUUAACGGUUAAAACAAUCACUUUACAGAUAUUUCGAAUCAGUUAUAUAUACAAUCUUUUCUUAAAUCUGCUUAAAUAACACAUUUCCAAAGUCUGGAGAAUUUCUCUUGAGGUACACCAUAUUUGCGAAUAAAAAUAAAAAGAGGAAAAAUAUAUGUGGAAAUAGCAGUCAAAACCAAAAUCCCCAUAUUUAGAUCGAAAUGCAAGGCAUAGGUCUCUGCUCGCGCUACAAUCUUGUAUUUCUCGUUUCUGUAAAAAUUGUUACGAAAAAUUGCUCGCUUUACAAGCGUGCGAGUUUAGCUCGGUGAUGUCGUCCGCCUCUUACAAUAUUAUGAUAGCGUUGCAAGACGGAGAUCGCAGCGUGUCACAAACGCGGAAACACGUUUAUUGCACGACACGGCGUCACACGCGAUUAUUGCACGUGAAACAAACGCGAACAAAGCGCGCAUAGGAUUGCAAUAUGCGGAUAGAGCGAGCGCGGCACGUCAUUAAAGACCGUCAUUAAGGCACCUCGCGGCUGCGUUAUUACAGCUUAUACUACUAGAUGGAUCAUCUGCUCGUCGUUAUAUCCAGGAAAGCAUCGAGAAAGUGAGAGAAGAGAGAAGAUCCCUACCAUCUCGUGGUUGCAACGUGGUAUUAAGUACGUUAGCAAUUGCCGCAAGUUUAAACCCCCAGCAAUAUCAAGGUAUAUUCUAUUAUAUAUAACUACUUUGUAUCUACGUAAAAUCACAUAUCUGUCCUUAAUAUUAUAAAUCUUUAUUUUAGUUACUAAUAUCUUUUAAAAAAAUCCUGUUAUGUAACGACAGAAAUCAUUAAUCGAUUGCACACACAUACUACAAUUUUUAUAUUUUUAUUAAUAAUGAAAAAAUAAGCAAAUUUUCUUAUAUUACACAGAGGAGAUAAAAAGAUGCUUCUCUCUCUACUUUGAUAAUACAAGUAAAGAAUAUAAAGUCGCACACACACUGUGCCAUGAAAAUAACGUCACCACGUGCGCCGCUGAAGCUGAAUAUUACUUUAUAUAUGAUUGCAAUUUCGCGUCCUUGCGCGAAACGUGCGCAUGAAUUUUAGAACGUCCUACAUAAGAAAAGUUAAACAAGUGGUAUCCAUACACACACACAUACCACUUUUCAGAAUGUUGAACAACCAACAUCGUGAUGUAUGUCGCAACGGCCGUUCUUUCGAGCCACGUGUAGCUCUGAUCUUAAAGUUGCACACGAGCGUAACACCGUCUCCCUUGUCAUUGAGCUGAACUACUUGAAGCAAACAUCUCAAGGAAGAAUAUAGUUUUACGGUGCACGUUCUUUUCUCUUUUAUUUCUUGACUCAUCUAUUAUUAUAUUAUCGACUUAUAUGAAGAUAACAAUUGAGACCACUUGCAAAAAUAUCAAAAUAUCUAAAUUCAUCAAAAUAGCAAUAUUAAAGAAUUCGAGACACAAUUGAACUAUUACAAUGAAUCUCUUUUUUUACUUUUUCGGAUUUUUUUUAAAUGACCUUAAUUAUAUAAAAUUAAGACAUGUGUGUGUAUGCGUGUGUGUUAUUGUAUGCAUAUAUGUUCUUCACAUUAUUUUUCGUGAAAAACAUCAGACCUGCGAUCAAUUUUAUCCGUAUUUACAUGUUUUUAUAAAAUCUUUUAAGAGCGAACUAAGUAUCCAUCGUCAAGUUUAUCGAAUUAAUUACAAGUUAAGUAUCGUCAUUGAGCAUUAAAUAGAACUUACAAGUUGGACAGGUUUGACUCGUAAGCUCACCGAGCGGCGGCAGAAACGUGUCAUUUAAAGGGGCCCCCGGCGUUUCUUUUGAGGGCCCACGAAACUAUCACGUAGCAUCGUUUUUUCUCGCCUGAAACACUGUACACAUCGGAUACACGUAGCGAAUAAGGCGAUAUUCAACGGUUCUUUCUGUAUAUCCUAAUUUAAGGCAAGAUUCGCGUGCAAAGAUACGAAAGAAAAUGUAGAAAACAGUAGGGUAAACGGUAUUUUUUGUCAGGAAUCGAAUUCUUUCUCCGCGUUAUCUUCGUUAUACAUAUGCGUUAUUCAGACGACAUGUCUCGAGAAGCGUUUCCUGAAAACGUCUUGCCCUUUCCAUGCGCAAAGGAGAAAUAUGUCAAGGAAAGCUUGCAAAUGGAUAAAAUUAUCCAAGGGUAUAUAAUGCGCACGUGUUUAAUCCUUGAGGUAUAUGUAACCACGGUGAAAUCUGAACGGUUCGUUGUAAACCAAUGAGAAAACGAGAGGUGUAGGAUAACGCGCGCAAUUAAAAUGUGAAACGCGAGUCCGAAUUCUUUAAAGUUUAUUUUAGACACGAAAUCUCACAUUUAAUAAAACUUUAUGGAUUUGAUAUUCAAUCUAUUUUGCGAAAGUCACGUACGUUGCGUUACCGAUAUUAUAUUCUUGAACACGGUCUUUAUGUGACGCAAUCUAUAUCAUAGCGAUUUAUUAUAGUAAAAAUAUAAUAUGCGAUUUAAAAAAUCUUGCAACUAAAUUUCUAUUCUUCGCAACGCGAUAGUGCGUUGCGAAGAAACAACAAUAAAAGAUACAACAAUAAAAAGAUUUAUUGUUGUUGGUAUUGAUAGAGAUAUUCAUCGGAAUAAUUACAUUCACUUGAAGUUUAAUUGACUUCUUGAUAUGGAUAUUUGACACUAAAUUAGCAUUCAGAAGUUAGAAAAGGUACGUAUUAAUUUUAAGAUUUGAAUUAUCUUUAUUUAUGAAAAUCGUGAAAAAAAUCUGCCAAAAAUGAACAUUCCAAUAAUCAUUAUUCAUGAAAUUACUAAUUCGAUUUUUCUCAGAGUUCUUGUCUUUAUUGCGUAUUUUAUUUAUUUUUUGAUAAACUCAUCGCUUUUCUCGAGUUGCUUAAAUCAGUUACGUCGAAAGCGGCUAAUAGUUUUACAAAGUAACGGUUCAUGCUCUAAUGGCUUUUAUAAUUCCCACGGUAAAAAGCAACAAUAUAGGAAAGCGUAAUAUUUCAGGAAUUCGCGUUCAAAAAUUUGUUUAAAAUUUACACGCUUUUAAUAUACGAGCAAAUAAAUGUAACACAUAAUAUCAUAAUUUCAACGAGAACUAUACUUCUGGACAUAAAUUAAAGCAUAUUAUAUAGACCCGCGUGCAUGAAAACUCGUAUAAAUCGUGCAUAGAAUUUGUGGAAUUUCUAUCUAUACAUCCACUGAAUCUAAAAUUUUAAUGAAGUUAUUCUGGAUAGAAAAGAAAAAAAAAAUUGUUUUUCGAGAGAUUUGGAAUGUCAUGGAAUUCAAGCUCGACCAAUAUCACAUAUAUUCGUCAUUAUAUAAACAUAUAUCGAAAGAUUUAAUUCGAUGUUACGAAAAUAAAAUAUAUUGUUAGAUAUUUCAGUCUCGCGGCGAUUUUCUAGCGAUAUUUAUAAAGAUGAUAUCGUACGUUGAGGAAUAUGUUUCGUACAGACAGUGCUAAUCUGUAUUCAUUAUUCAUUAUGCAUUAUUAAUAUGGGAAAUCGAAAUAUAUGGAACGCGAUAUCCUACUCGGAAUUUUACGAAACGAUUUUGCAAAAGAUUAGCCAUUGCUGUCAAAUGAUUUCCUUUGAUAACGCACGGAAUUCUUGAUCGUCUAAUCGUGAUAAAUUUACAGUUACAGCUUUAUCGCUCACGUUAUUUGAAAUUCAAGCAGUCUACAAAGCGGUUACAGAAUUCAACAAAUUUUACGACCUUUCCGACAAUUCCCAAUCGUCCCUUACAAUCUCUUCGUUGCUAUAAGUUAAUAGAUCCUUUACGUGUAUUACUUAGAUCGUUCUGCUAGAACCAAAUCGCUUCCGUAUAUUGUAUGAAAAAGAAAAAGAGAGAAAGAGAAGAAAAUAUGUACAUGAUAGAUUUUAUAUUCAUUUAGAGAUUUUUACAUUCGCACGCUAUUUAUUUUAAAUCUGUUCUAGUAUGACUUUCUAUAUCAAUUGAUUAUUUUACUUACCAGUUACGAUCGUAAGAAUAUUUCAUAUUUUAAUUAAUAUAUGACGAAGUAUAUAGUCAACAUUAAUUUCAAAAUAUUUGAUUGCAAACAAAAUGUGUUUUUACAUACAUUUCGAUCUUAAUUAAAUUAUCUCUUAAAAUA